CUUUACGUUCUGCAGACACGCGCAAUGAUAGCCGGAAGCAUCGAUGGGAGGAAAAUAAAAAUCGAUAAAAGCCAGUGUAAUUCGCGAGUGUAAAAAAAAAAAAAAAAUCUCCUACUUGCUGUCCUUUCUCUGACCACAGGCUCGAGUUCCUGCGUGUUUUUAUCUCACCGCCGUGCCAGAGGGGACGACAGACGGCAGAAAACCCGCUCCGUUUGUACGAAGUUGCUCGGUGGGGGUUUAUAGCUGACGUGUGGAGAAGUUGAGACUGCUGGAGCGCAGAUAAACAAACAUAAACAAGCAGGGGUCAGUUGAGAGCCUGUUCGAACCGAACCAGUAGCUCGGGGAGAUGGCGGGGACGGCCAAACCCCGGUUCUGAGCCCGGGAAUGAUCCGCAGGAGACGGUGACUUCCACUGAGACUUGCUUUCUUCAUGUCAACUGUCAACACUGGCAACACAAAAGAAUUUGGAAAACACGAGGAGCAGCCACAGGCUUUCGGAGGAAAUCCACUGCUCCACUUACUGUUGUCCACACACAGCGACGUUAGCAUGGCCAGCCAAUGAGUUCACCUUUCAGGUUUCAGCUGGGAGCAAACGAAAACGUAUAGUUCAAGGAGGCAGAGGUUUGCUGAUCUGUGGCCCCUGGGUGUCACAAGUGGAAUGAACAUGGCCCACCAGGCAACCCCUAGUUCUCAGAAGGCCCUGAUGAUGGAGCUGAAGUCCCUGCAGGAGCAGCCGGUGGAGGGUUUCCGCAUCACCCUAGUAGAGGAGUCUGACCUCUACAACUGGGAAGUGGCCAUCUUCGGACCGCCCAAUACUCUGUAUGAAGGAGGCUACUUCAAGGCUCACAUCAAGUUCCCAGUUGACUACCCAUACUCCCCUCCUACGUUUCGCUUCCUCACCAAAAUGUGGCACCCAAAUAUUUACGAGAACGGAGAUGUGUGCAUCUCCAUUUUGCACCCCCCGGUCGACGACCCCCAGAGCGGGGAGCUGCCGUCUGAGAGGUGGAACCCCACCCAGAACGUCAGGACGAUCCUGCUCAGUGUGAUCUCUCUGCUCAACGAGCCCAACACCUUCUCUCCAGCCAAUGUAGACGCCUCGGUCAUGUUUCGCAAAUGGAGGGACAGCAAAGGCAAAGAUAAAGAGUAUGCAGAGAUUAUAAGGAAGCAGGUGUUGUCCACGGCGGCGGAGGCUGAGCGGGACGGCGUGAAGGUGCCGACCACGCUGGACGAGUACUGCGUUCAGACCCGGGUCCCCUCUCAGGACAGCAGCUCCGACCUGCUCUACGACGACCUCUACGACGACGACAUGGAGGAGGAGGACGAGGACGAAGACGAGAGCGAGAUGGAGUCCGUGGGCGAGGCCGGGGCCAUCAGCUGCCUGGAGGACGGUGGGACAUCCACCAGGCACUAUGACAACCAGGACGACUCUGGCAAUGAAGACUCAUGAUGAUCUGGACGAUAAAUCCUCCCUGCCAAUUUAGUCCCGCGGUCGUCUGUCAUUUUUCAAAGUAUGUGGAUGGGUGUGUGUGUGCUUGUGUGUGUGCAUGUGUUUGCACAAACAGUGGGGUCAAAAGUCUACUGCCAAAAUGUUUAAUCAUUUGUUAAACUGAUACAAGUUUGAUUGAGUCAAUGUUUUCACACGCUGUCAAAAAAAAAAGAAAAAAGAAACAACAAGUUUGCAACAGAUGUUUGUUGGCGCUAUUUCCACUUAAAGUCAGAGUUUGGUGUUCUCACCGUUUGCCUUAACAACACCUUGCACUCUGUCUAAUGUUUAGCAAAGUUUGAGAAAAGAAAUUAUUGCAGCCCAGUAUAGAAAAUUCUUAAAAAUAUUACUAAAACUCAGAUUUUAGAUUUAUCAAGCAUUCAGUCAUUUUUCAUCCUCCAUUUCAGCAUGCAAACGUCAAACUAGACCAGUGUUUCCCAACUCUGAUCCUCAAGGCACACUGUCCUACAUGUUUUAGAGGUGUCCCUGCUUUAAUGUGCCUGAUUCAACUGAUUGCAGUUCAACAAACGACUGCUAAUCAGUCAUCAAUUGAAAUCAGCUGGACUGAAGCAAGGAAGUGCCUAAAACAUGCAGGGCAGUGUGCCUGGAGGACCAGGGUUGGGAAACACUGAACUAGACGACCGUCCUCUUGAAUAUUUACAUCACCAAUCUAGUUUAAUUUCCAUGCUAUACCAGUUCCUGUCGUAUUUUUAUUACACUCACGAAACUUUGAUUACUCUUCAUCCUUGCUAUGUCCCUUCGCUUUGUGUCUUCAGUGCUGGCACAGUUCAGUGGGCUUCUUGGAUGCCAUCUGGAGUCUGACUGGCCCAGGUUUGAAAUGACAGAAGAAACUUUGUGCAAUCUUUGUCUUGACAAUGCCACUAUAGUUGAAAAACUAAUGAGUAGGUUUAUUUUAGUGUACGAGUACUUCAUUAGUGGAAAUGUACUCAUUAAAAAAAUGAAACACAGCGGUGUCUUUUGAGUUUGACAGGUUGUUGGCGCUGAUAAAUGAUGACAAGAAGUUGCAUUAUCUGCCUGGAGUUGAGAGAGAUUGGAUCCAUGGUGUGUUUUCUUGCGGCUGUUUUCCCAUUUACCUAAUUGAGAUUGUGUGUUCUCUGACUUGUCUCUUAUAUUUCCUGCUGCGUCUCAGUCAGUGUAGUGAGGGGGAAUCUUGGCCCUUUGGCUCAUUAGGCGAUCAGUGAGCUGGGCAGCUUGUCCUCUCAACUCUCAUGUAGGACGACUCUGUCUCUCAAAGUUCUCCGUUCGACUUUCACUUGAUUGUCUUCCAGUGUCCAUACCCCAUCGCCGAUACCACACUGCAGCCAUAAACUCCAGUAAUAUACAGGGAUCUAACAUGAUGGAGCAAAACAGUGCCGAGUUAUCUUGCAAAGAAUCUUAACCGGACUUAUGUCUGAACUUUGUCUGGGCCAUUUGAACACGUGUAUUUUAUGGAUGCAAAGUGUUUUUCUUCUAAAAAAGAGGUUCCAGGGGUGGCGAAUACUUUUUGCAAGGUAUUGUAACUCAAUUUUUCUGUCGUUUCUCGGCCAUUCGAGCUUCAGGGUCUCAGUCGGCUUUCACUUGUAAGAGAAAAGAUGGUCAGUGACAGUCCUCGGAACCAAACGACUCUUCUUUACGUUUUUUUCUUGCUCAUUACCAGACCACGUUGCUCUGUUAGCCUCCGAUCCACAUGUGAGCGUUCAGUCCAGGUCGGGGUGCUUUGUCUUGGGGUUUUUUCUCGCUUAGUUAAGAGAAUCAGAAUUACUCUAUAGGGACUUUUAGACAAGCCAGACAUUGAGAUGCAGUUGAUGAGAAGAAGUAAAAAAAAAAAAAAAAAAAAAAAUGUUGCUCUGUGACUCAAGCUUGUGCUUUGAUGCUACUUCAUUAGAAUUGAAAAUGUAUUUCUGUUUAAAUAAC